AAUGGCUUCUGCCAUCUCAACAACACUAAGACGAAGACUUCAACAUUUGGACUUCGAACUCAGUGAAUUUAUGAUAUAAAGUUGUUGUCCUAUUUAAUGUCCAACCAUGUGUCCUGACCUAAUCCUAAUGAACCAGUGGGGGAAGGAGAAUGGUGAUCAAGUUAUGGCAGGCUAGCUUCAUGCAGCAGACAGGAAAUAUCUGAGGUUGCAUCACUUAUUUCUUUAUAGUCUGUGCCUUGAGAACCAUCAUCAUGGGGGGCUUAAACAGCUGCUGCAUCCCUCGCAAGGGCUUUGGUGAGGAGAGACACGCGACCACAAGCACACCAAAAGGCAAAGGUCACCGUCGGAAUUUGAGCGCUACGUUCAAUCUUUCCACGAUUGAGUCGGAGAAGAGCACUGUAGCAAGUCUUGUGAAUGUCAACACGGCCGGCGAGGAAGAGCUGAUGACCUUACCAGGGAUAAACCGGUGUAUAGCAAAGAACAUCAUUGACCAUAGGAAUCACAUAGGAGGCUACCGCUGCACCGAGGACCUGGCACUAGCCUCUGGUGUUGGAGCUGAGAGAUUAGCCACAAUUCGGGACGACAUUUAUGUUAUUCCCCCCGUCUUAGAUGACAGGAAAAGCAGUGAAGGAAAAGCCCCACUUCGUCUGCUGUCAAAUGCGAGUGGCGAUGACGAGAACGUGACCCAAGUCAACAUAAAUACGGCGAAUGUGUUUGCGCUUCUAAAAGUGAAAGGUAUCGGAAUGGGAAUUGCUAAGAACAUUGUUGUGUACAGAGAUAAACAUGGGACAUUUUCAUCUGUAGAUGAUUUGAUUAGAGUCAAGGGCAUUGGGCCAACAUCUCUUGAUGCUUUUCGGCAGUAUGUGUGUGUUGCAGAUAAAUUUCCAGUCAACAGUAAUGAUCAUAGUCAUCAGAAUGGAAAGUCAAGUUGUGAUCAUUCAUCUCGUGGUGGUCUUGAAAAUGAUUCUGACUACACUCGGAGGUCCACGUCGUCUUUGGAGAACUUGCUAGAAAUUUUGGGCCCAUUGGCAAAAAUCCCGGAGCGACCUAAUGUGGCACCAAUAACUCUGAAACAUAAAAACAGGAAAGUGUUUCGGCUUGCAUCCUGGAACUUGGAAAGAUUUUCCACUGAAAAGGCAAAGAAUCCCGGAGUCAAAGAUGUCAUUUGUAUGACUAUUCUAGAAAAUGGGUUUAGCAUCAUUGCUGUACAGGAACUGGCUGACGAGGAAGCUCUGGACGAAAUUGUCCAAGAACUGAACCACCCAACUCUUCCCAAUGUGAAAAAGUGGUCAGGACGAAGGGGCAAGUGGGCAUGUGUGGUUUCGAAAGCUGCUGGGCGUAUGUUCCAAAGUAUGGAGUACCUGGGAUAUUUAUAUGACAAGUCUCAAAAUAUUGAGAUUGUGCAUCAUUCCUUGUUACAGAAGAAAGAGGGGCAUAAAAAGCCAUUUGUGAGAAUGCCUUACAUGGGUAUAUUCAAAAUCAACAACAAUUUUGACUGUGUGGUUACCAAUGUCCACUUAAAGGCUACCGGUCUUGAUGACCGCGACAGACACAGAACAGAGAAGGAAGUGGGUACUGUCACUGAUUUGAUUGAUGUGAUUAAGGCGGAGAUUCGAGGUGAGAAAGAUGUCAUCAUUGUCGGAGAUUUCAAUCUCGAGCCAGACACAGAAGCUUUCAGCACUUUGAAGUCUGAAGAUUACACGCCUUGCAUCCCGGCAGACACCCACACCAACAUAAGCAACAGCAAUGUUUCUGGCAGCAAGAACUAUGACAAUCUCUGGAUCAACAAAGAUACUCGCAAAGUGUAUACAGGUGUGAGUGGAGUUGUCAGGGAUGGCCUUUCCAGUCACUGGAUCCCCAACGGUUGGACGUGGGGUGGGGUUGUGAGUGACCACUGCCCUGUGUAUGGUCAGUUUUAUUCCAACAUGGACUUGGAUCCAAAGGAUAUAAAUACCAGUGACGUCAGCUUUACCUUGGGCCACGCACAGAUUCAUCGAUGAGACGGCAAGGAGUAUUGAUGUUAAUUAAUGUCCGCAAUAUUCACAUGUGUCAUAUAUUUUGUGUCUUUUUCAUUUACAAAAAAAA